GUCACCACGCAGCAUAUCCGACUCCUCCCUGUCGUCCCUACGGUAAAGAUGGCGUCCAUCAUGGAAGGACCACUGAGCAAGUGGACCAACGUCAUGAAAGGUUGGCAGUAUCGCUGGUUUGUUUUGGACUAUAAUGCCGGCCUGCUGUCUUACUACACGUCAAAGGACAAAAUGAUGCGUGGCUCCAGAAGAGGAUGUGUGCGACUCAGGGGCGCUGUAAUCGGCAUCGAUGACGAGGACGACAGCACAUUCACCAUCACUGUGGACCAGAAGACUUUCCAUUUCCAAGCCAGAGAUGCAGACGAGCGAGAAAAGUGGAUCCAUGCCUUAGAGGGAACCAUCCUGCGUCACACCCUCCAUCUCCGGGAGGCCGAGACAGGAUUUGUACCCAGUGUCCAAGACUUCGACAGAAAACUUGCAGAAGCUGACGCCUACCUACAGAUUUUGAUUGACCAGUUAAAGCUAUUUGAUGACAAGAUCAAGGACUGCAAAGACGAUGAAUCACGCAAAAAAAUAGACCAUUUGAAAGAGACUACUUGUAGUAUGGUAGAGUCCAUCAAACACUGUAUUGUUCUGCUGCAAAUUGCCAAGGACCAAAGUAACGAACAGCAACACGCAAACGGACUUAUAAGCACCAUCAACCCAGUGGAUGGGAUCUACCAGCCCCCUCUGGACACUCCAGUAGCCAACGCCACAAUGCCAACACAGACCACUCUACCCACAGAUACUUCUCAGGUGUGUAAAUCGGACCAGCGACCCUCAACAUUACCUGUUGGUCCUGUUGUCACAGUGAUGGGUAGUCUGCAGACCCCGACUCCCAAUAGCACAGGGAGCGGGCCAUCGGGCCCCAACAGCGGCGUCACCUCCCCAGCUCACAUCCCCCUCCCUUCGCACUCAGUCCCAGACUUCUCGUAUUCGUCCAGCGAGGAUGAAUUCUAUGACGCAGACGAAUUCUACCAGAGCACCACCUCCCCCAAACACUGCAUGAAUCCCUCCGGGCCCCCAGCUGCCUCCGCUCUCAAUAAUGAAGAAACAACGUUGAAAAGACCGGACACAACAGAGUCCCUCAACUCGUCCAUGUCAAAUGGCACCACGGAUGCAGAUCCAUUUGAUACCCAUGACGAUCGUGAUGAUGAAGGUGAGGGGGAGUCGGUGGAGGAGCACAAAAGUGUCAUCAUGCAUCUGCUUUCCCAAGUCCGUUUGGGCAUGGAUCUCACCAAGGUGGUGCUGCCUACUUUCAUACUAGAAAGGAGAUCAUUGUUAGAAAUGUAUGCUGACUUCUUUGCACAUCCAGACUUAUUUGUAAGUAUCGCAGAGCAGCCGGAGCCCCGUGAGCGCAUGGUCCAGGUGGUCAAAUGGUACCUCUCUGCCUUCCACGCGGGAAGGAAAGGCUCGGUGGCCAAGAAGCCUUAUAAUCCCAUACUGGGAGAGGUCUUUUUCUGCCACUGGGACCUGCCUUGCCAGACUGAGGAGCCAGCUACACACAUGGACACGCAAUCAGAAGGUCCCGUUCCAUGGUCUUCAGCAAACAGUAUCAGUUUUGUGGCAGAGCAGGUCUCUCAUCACCCACCCAUUUCUGCAUUUUACGCAGAAUGUUCAAGUAAGAAGAUCCAGUUCAAUGCUCACAUCUGGACCAAGUCUAAGUUCCUGGGCAUGUCCAUAGGUGUUUAUAAUAUUGGCCAAGGCUGUGUAUCAUGUUUAGAGCAUGAUGAACAUUACAUCCUCACCUUCCCGAACGGAUAUGGCAGGUCCAUUCUGACUGUGCCCUGGGUGGAGCUGGGUGGGGAGUGCAACAUCUCGUGUUCCAAAACGGGCUACAGUGCAAACAUCGUGUUCCACACCAAACCAUUCUAUGGCGGCAAGAAGCACAGAAUCACAGCUGACAUUUUUGCGCCCAAUGAUAAGAAGUCUUUCUGCUCUGUUGAAGGGGAAUGGAACGGAGUGAUGUAUGCCAAGUGGGCCACUGGAGAGAACACAACGUUUAUCGACACUAAGAGGAUGGGCAUCAUUAAGAAGAAAGUGAGGAAGCUGGAAGACCAGCUGACGUACGAGUCUCGAAGAUUGUGGAGAGAUGUGACGCUGAACCUGAAGCUCAAAGACAUCGACGCUGCAACAGAAGCCAAACACCGGCUGGAGGAGAAGCAGAGAGUGGAAGCCAGAGAGAGAAAGGAGAACGAGCAACAGUGGGAGACCAGGCUGUUCCACGAGGAUGGAGAAUGCUGGGUGUACGACGAGCCACUAUUAAAGAGACUUGCUUCUCCAAGGCACUGAAUGGAGUGACACACAAUACAAAAAUACACACACACACACACAUACAUGCAUUAAGAUAACGCACACGCUGCAGAGUCUUCAUAAGAACUCUUUUGCAAAAAACACUUAUUCUCCAAGCCUUUGACUGACUGCUGAUGGCUUUGUGUACACAGCUUUGCAUUCAACUGUAAAACAAUGGCAAUGAAUGAUAUUAAAUGGAAAGACCUAAAGCUCUACCAAGACCAUUUAAUAACUCCUUACACGCGUCCGCCCCCUGGUGGCGAUUUUUACCAACGCGCCCCAGCUGCGAGACCACGCCCUUCAUUCUGUUUUUUUUUUCUUUCUUUUUUUGUAGGGUCUUGCGAUUGAAUAACAACCUUUACAAAUGUAAAACAGAGCUUGACAUCUCAGGGAAUCUGGCGACUGAAGAAAGCAAGCCACAGCCCCCUGCAAAUGUCUGACAGCCUUAUCGGUAUUUUUAUGAUGGUGGAAUGGAUUAACCUUAACUGGGCAGGGAGGACAUUCCCUGCUUGCCUGCAACUAGUUAUAUAGCUUGUUUAUAUAUAUAUAUACGGAUAGAUAUACAUAUGAGACGUGUGUGUAUAUAUAUAUAUAUAUAUUGUCAUUUUUUUAACUUUGUUUAUUUUUCUUUUUGGCAAUAGUGUAAAAUAUGAGCAUAAUGAAACAUCACGUCUCAAGGUACCCAUCCAAUGGUCAUGUUUGCUCCCAACUCCAGAUAGUUUGUCAUUGUCUCCAGUGUGAUUAUACACAGUACAGCCCCACAGAAGCCAUAUAGCAUCCAAUGGAAUAUAAUAUGCAAUCUAGUGGUCAUCAAUGCUUUUGAAGAGAAGGCUGACGGGACUUUCAUGUGCACACAGAACAAAAUCAAUAUUUUUUUCUGUUACCUGGAAGCAUUUAUGAACAAACUUUUUGUGGGGUUUUUUGUUAUUCUUCCUGACCACUUGUCUAUGUUGAGGAUGUUUUUUUUUUUCCAUUUAAUCACCUUGCUUCGGGGAAGAGAGGGGUGUAAACGACCAAAAAACAAAAGUGUGCGAUCGCCUCUGCUGUUUUUUGUAGUGCUGCUAGUUUUCUUUCCAUAAGAGCCACUCUGGAGGGUCUACUACUACUCUUCACCUCAGCUUUUUUCUUCCUUUUUUCAAAAUGUUAUUCAUUCCUUUAUUUUACAGUGACAUAGAAGUUGGAUCAAAGUGCAAUGGAUGAGAUACAAUAAACAAAUUUCACUUGAAUAUGCCAAAGAAAAUGUGGUGCUUAAUUUGAGAUGUAUUUGCUUCAGUAUGAAGACCAUACGAUUAGUUGUAAUGAUAACCCACUCAGAAGUACUUACACCUUAUGGACAAUAUUAUAGAAAUUAAACUUGGAUAUAAUUUAGACCAGUAGUUCUCAACUGGUGGGGUCAGGAGCAUUUUCAGUGGGUGACCCAAUGUCUGUGAAAGCACAUACCAUUUGUCUCUGCUGUUCACUUACAUCGCCACGAGGUGCAAGCCAUGCUUCUGGGCGUCUUUGUCAAGCUUGACUGGGAGAGGAAGGACAUUUUGAGUAGUCAGUGUACAGCUUGUGUAGCACUCUACAUUUACUUGCCACAAAGUACAAUUAGAUUGAGGUCCAGGCGCUGGGCCGCUCUACACUUUGUUGUCAUGAUCAUUGCCACCCCACAAGGUGAAAUCUUCUGAUAAACACCAGACCAAUGUUUAUUGAUGGUCAUGCUAUACUUCUCAACUUUUCUCACAAAUGCACCAAUUGUUGUUACUUUCAUACCCAGCAUCUUGCUAAUGUUUUUGUAGCCCAUUCCAGAUUUGUGCAGGUUAACAAUCUUGCCUCUGAGGUCCUGAGAGAACUCUUUGGUUUUACGUGUUGGAGAGUUUGGAAUCUGUCUGAUUCUGUGAACAGGUAUCUUUCAUAUAUGUGAUUGGUGAGAACAGGUGUCUUCAAUACAGAUAACAGGUUGAUUAGAAAUAUCUAACUGGUCUGUGAAAGCCAGAAUUUCCCUCAAUGAAAUACAAAUGAAUUAAAACAUUUGUUUAUAUAUUUUGUCUCUCCAUGUUAGAAUACAUCUACCAUUAAAAGUAUAGAAUGACCAUGUCUUUAUUAGUGGGCAAACCCAACAAAAUCAGAUCAAAUACUUUUUAGUCUCCCUGUACAUAUACACACAGGUGGAGUGAACUGAAUGCAUAUUUAGGAAGAGCAAAUGAAAUAUAUCCAUUUGUUCACCAUUUACUCAUUAGUGUAAUCCAGGGGUGGGCAAAUAUUUGGACUCGAGGGCCGCAUUGAGUUAACAAAAUUGUCUGGGGGGCCAGAACAUAUAUUUAACACACACACUCUAUUUUAUGCUUAUCAUUUUCCUUGAAUUAUUUGUCUAAUUUUAUCUGUAAAAGUGUUAUCCUAUAUCAGUUGUAUGUUCUCAUGUCCCUUUUUUAGGAGCACUUUAAACAUCACACCACAUCAAACUAUGUCAUUUAAUUUUACAGUUUUUUUGUUUAUUUUUUACUAAAUCAGACAUCCGACUUGCAAGUCAUGUUGCCAGUUUGUAUGUUAAAAGUUGAAGUUACUUAGAAAGCAACUGGCGGGCCGGAUUCAAACGCUUGGUGGGCCGCAUGUGGCCCCCGGGCCGUAGUUUGCCCACCCCUGGUGUAAUCAGUGCUCGCUUGCUUGCUUUCAGUUCCUCGUUUCUACCACUAUAAGCAGUAUUUUCCCAUCAGCCCUUGCGGGAGAGGGUAUAAAAAUGCUUUCCGCCCACUGUACUGUCUCAUUCCCCUUUCUAAACGGCAAGUUUGAAGUGUCCUACGAUGAGGAAAUUCCAUGAAGACCUGCCAUCAUGCAAGAGGGUCCUCUUGGUGUUUAAAUUUCCCCCGUGAUUGCCAGAAGAGGUGGUUUCCUGGCUAACUUGGAGGUGAAAGCACCAUUCCACAAAAGAUGAUCCAUGAGCAACAGUGAAAGAUGAAAAAUGCAACCUUGAAUUUGACACCCAUGCUUUAUGAUGUGCAAAGGAAACGGAGGAACUCCCUGGGCAACUUGAUGAGCGUGCCUUGAGGACUGGACCGAAGCUGUCCAGCAGGAUGUCGUCCCACCUUCUGGCACAGGCUCCAGUUUAACAGUCAAACCUGGCUGACAUUAAGAUAAUUGGAUAUUUCCCGCAUCUGCUCGGAAGUGGAAGCGCUGCCUGGGUCACCUGGAGUUGAUAUUUGUGUGUGUGGAACUGAAUGUUAAAAUAAAAUUGUAUGGUUGUCAGCCAUUGCAAGAAUAAAACUUAAAAUUGACAAACUUGA